AGCGAAAACGUUUGCCCUGGACACGACAAGCUCGUUCCAGUGUUUCCAUGGCAACAGCCAACAUGGCGAGUGAAACUCGUGAAAUCGGUCAAACCUUUAUAUUUAAUCAGCUUCCCAACAAAAAAUUUAAGUUCCUGGAAGAUCCGUGUAUAUCGGAGCUGUUGAUGAAAUGGUCCAUGUUGGGGAGAAUUUCCAUCCAGGCCUUUAACUUUGACCAGAUGUUUCAGUCUUACAUGAAGGAUGACUUUACUCUGAAAUUCUUUCAGGACCCUUGUGUGAAAAACAACUUGCGUGUGUUGGACACAUCAGGCGUGUGGAAACCUCUGGACAGAGAAGUUAUACGUGUGGAGGUGGAACUUGUUCCGUGCACUAAAGUGUCUCUGGACAUAUUUGAUCCAAUUUUCUCCAAUGGAAUUGUGCAUCCUUCUGGUCACAUUGCCAAAUGUUACCAUGAAGUACAUCCUGAUUUUGAUGAGUUGCGGAUGAUGCUGCUUGAAGAGGUUUCUGAAAACUAUCAUGUGGUCAGUCCGUGUGACCGGCAGGAGUUCCUGUUUAGGCUGUUUAAGCACCUUGUCCUGGGUGGCGAACUCUGCCAGUACGAAGACGUGAUCAGUCCCUACAUUGAAACUGCAAAAACAAUUUAUAAAGAAUUGGUGAGUGUUCAGAAAGAUUCGGAGACAAAGGAGAUCAGUGUCGUAUCAACGAUUUUGAAAGUCUCUGCUUACGAUGUUUACGGCUUGUGUUAUCCCUCUGGAAGAGACAGCGAGCAGACAUUUGCCUAUCUGUGCAUUGAUCCUUUCAAAAGACACGUAUAUGUCUUAUACCACUGUUUUGGCAUUGGUCUGUUUUCUAAUAAUGGUGUUGUGUGCUCCUGAACAAUUCAUGAGCAUUUUUUUCUUUGGUGUAUUUCUUUUGUCAAUAUACUGCCAACUAGUCUUACCUACAUAUAUAAGUAGCAAAUAUUAAACAUAUAUAAAUGUGUUUUUACAGCAGGAACUGACACAGAUAACACAAAGGAAACCCCUGCUGACACUGGGAAAUUUUUGUGACUUUGAACUACGCCAGAAAAAUAACCUUCUAUACCUAUCCACACUUACGUCACAGUCAGUAAAAAAAAAAAGGAAGAACAAAAAAUCUCGUCUCACCUUGCUUCUUCCCUCAUCUCCACAUCUCUCAUCUCCCACCAUCGUUAGCAACAUACAUUUUUGUAAUUAUAUCUAUACCGUCCAAAAACAUUAACAACCUCACAAUCUUACCUCUCUACAACACAAAUCAUUUCCAGCUACCAUUAUAUAACAUUUCUCAUCUCGUCUCUUUUCGAUUAUUUAAUGUAACAUUUUAGUUUCAUGUUUUACUAUAGCUUGGUCUUUGGAUUGCUUUGACAAAGAAUCAAGUCAAGAUCUUUUAAAAUGCAGGAACAUUAUUUAAAUACAAGAAUUAAUUACACAAAAUACAAUGGAUUUUUUUUUGUUUAAACAUUCAACCAUCAAUCAAUUCCUUCUGUUGGAUGCUUUCAUUGGGCAAGUGGGAUAUUAAUUAACUGAUGUGUGAUAAAGGUGCAAUAGUUGAUAUUUUAUAUAUAUGUCAUCAUGUUUUAUAGACACCCUAGAUCUUGAUAGGACAUGCACAUGGGUGUGAAGAAAAAAAACCCCAAACUUAUUUUACAUAAUAUAAGGAGUCUUAGUGGUUAUUACAUUUGCCUGUACUCUGUCCCCUGAGCUUGAGGCGUUUCCUUCCCAUGCAAAUGUUGAAUGACAAAUGUUUAUUGACAUCUCUAAAUUGUCUAUAGUGUUAGUAUAGUGAAUAACUGAGUGGGUGUGGUGAGUUGGUGUCUAGGUUUUGUGUGAACCUAUGUAGAAAAAGCAGCAGAGACCAGGUGGAUAAUUUUACCUAAAGGUCAUCUAGAAAAUAAACGUAGACACUUAGUCAUUUGAUAAGCAAGCUUUAAAGUUCAUGCUGUACAGACGUGAGAAUGUUACUUGUUUUGACACUGUGUAGGAAAGGUUAGUGAUCUGUUUCUAUACAUCAUGUACCUGUAUCGUAAUCAUCAGUCAACAUUUCCAACCACACGAACACAGGAUUUGUGCCAACUUUCACAUAAAAUAAUUUAUACUUAUUUACAAUAAUUGCCUCUAGCCAAUGCAAGUUUUAAGUUAUUUUAAUCAAAUAAAAAUGUUUUUUUUUUUUCAAAAUAAUACUCCUGAUCCACAAAAUUGUUUUUUUUUGUAUGAUAAAGAUAUAUAUGUGUACAUAC